GAUUUUUCUUCUAUAGUUACUUCAUAGUUUUUCAGCUUGGGGGUUGAGAAGAAAAAUUGUUUUGUGGUUUUCAGUAAAUUAAGAUUGGGUUUAAAUUUUUUGUCCAGAAUCUGUGCAAGAAAUGGGAAAUCUAUUUUGUUGUGUAAAAGUAGACCAAUCCACGGUUGCUAUUAGGGAGCAAUUUGGCAAAUUUGACGAAGUUCUUGAGCCUGGAUGUCAUUGCCUCCCUUGGUUCCUUGGAAAACAGUUGGCUGGCCAUCUCUCCCUUCGGCUGCAGCAGUUGGACGUGCGCUGUGAGACAAAGACAAAGGACAAUGUAUUUGUCAAUGUAGUGGCAUCAAUACAGUACCGUGCCCUGGCAGACAAAGCCAGUGAUGCUUUUUACAGACUCAGUAACACCAGGAGUCAAAUGCAGGCCUAUGCCCUCGAUGGUAAGGACAUAAAACUUAACACUCGAUAACUUGAAUUCUAUGAAUUGGUGUAUGUCUAUAAAUAGUUUCUAUAUUCAUUGUUCAGCCAAACUAUUAUAUUUUGUGGACCCAAAAUGACUUCUGGUUUCUCUGUUUAUCAGUGAUAAGGGCAAGCAUCCCAAAAAUGAA